AUCAACAUCAAUACUGGAUCUUCUAAUAAUCCAACAUUUAUUCCAGUGUAGCAAAUGAAGGAGGAAAACACUGGACUAUAAAUGAAGUCAGGGCUCUAAUAGGCAUUUGGUCAGACAAAAACAUUCAAAAACAACUGGAGGGAACCAUGAGAAAUAAAAGAAUAUUUGAACAAAUUGCUGCCAAACUUCAGAAAUUUGGCAUAGACAGAGACUGGAAGCAGUGUAGAACAAAAUAUAAAACCUGAAACACGAAUAUAAGAUAGUAAAAAAUUCUCAAGACCUGGGAACAACUAAAAGCAUGAAAUUUUUCAAGGAGUUGGAUGCUAUUCUGGACAUACUACAGAAACAAUCACAAAAACUAGAAAACAAAGGAAGACAAAGACCUACGAUAGAGACAGAUAUGAAAAUGGAAAUGGACAACAGAGUCAUUUCUGGAGAUGUAGUUUGAAGACUCAGUUUAGCAACAAGUCUGAAGACGUAGAAGAAACAUCUGUAAAAGGAAAUCAUGAUAAAGAUGAAGACUCCUUAAGUACUACUUCAGAAGAUCUGAGUGGCCCAAUAGAAGAAACAGAUGAACUAAAUGGGCCAGAUAAUCACAUCCCUUUAGAAGAUGUGCAUAAUCAUUUCAAGAUCAUCACAGUAAGUGAUGCUGAAGCUGGAAAACACUGGUGCGAUAAUGAAGUCAGAGCACUGAUACAUAUAUGGUCAGAUGAAAAAAUAAGGCAGAUGCUGGAAGGGGCAACAAGAAACAAAGAAAUAUUCGAGGAAAUUGCUAGAAGGCUAAUGCAGUUUGGAAUAGAUAGAGACUGGAAGCAGUGUCGUACAAAAUAUAAAAAUUUAAAAUAUGAAUAUAGGGUGCUACAAAAGAAAACUAAUCACCUUGAUGAUAACCCUAGAAGGAAAAUGAGGUUUUAUGAAGAAAUUGAUUGCAUCCUAAGACAACAGACUCUUGGAAAAUACAGCUGGAAAAAGAACACUAAUCUUGAAUCAGAAUCAGCUGAGGGUCAUGUGACGACUAAAGGAUCUUUGAACAAGAGAAAAGCGUAUGAUGAACUGGUCCCUCUGCCUCUAAAAAGGAGUGCUUCUGACAUCAUUCUGCAUCAGUUCCACCAAAGUGCAAGAGAACAAAAAGAUUCUACAGACAAUCUCUGCAUACAGGAAACAAAGCAUAUCGACCUGCCACAGUCUGCCAGUCAGGUUCCUGCUGUCCGGUUAGCCACCGCAGCAGCCAGAGAAAUGGCGGCCACAGGAGUACUUGGUAAGAAGCUCUAUGAGGGUAAAACAAAAGAAGUCUAUGAAUUGUUGGAUAGUCCUGGAAAAGUCCUCUUGCAGUCUAAAGACCAGAUUACAGCAGGCAAUGCAGCUAGAAAAAAUCACCUGGAAGGAAAAGCUGCAAUCUCAAACAAAAUUACCAGCUGUAUUUUCGAGUUGUUACAGGAAGCAGGUAUCAAAACUGCUUUCACCAAAAAAUGUGGUGAGACAGCUUUCAUUGCACCUCGGUGUGAAAUGAUUCCAAUUGAAUGGGUUUGUAGAAGAAUUGCAACUGGUUCUUUUCUCAAAAGAAAUCCUGGUGUCAAAGAAGGAUUCAGGUUCAACCCACCUAAAGUAGAAUUGUUUUUCAAGGAUGAUGCCAACAAUGAUCCACAGUGGUCUGAAGAACAGCUUAUUGCUGCAAAAUGGUGUUUUGCUGGACUUAACAUAGGUCAGACCGAAGUAGAUAUCAUGAGUCAUUCCACACAGGCUAUUUAUGAAAUACUGGAAAAAAAUCUGGUUACCUCAGAACUGACCAAGGUUGACAUGAAGAUUGAAUUUGGUGUUGAUGUGACUACAAAAGAAAUUGUUCUUGCUGAUGUUAUUGAUAAUGAUUCCUGGAGGCUCUGGCCAUCUGGUGAUAGAACUCAACAGAAAGACAAACAGUCAUACCGGGACCUUAAGGAAGUGACACCUGAAGGCCUCCAGAUGGUGAAGAAAAACUUUGAAUGGGUUGCAGAAAGAGUGGAGUUGCUGUCAUAAGUGGAAAAUCCAUGCAGAGUUGUGGUAAUGAUGGGCUCAACUUCUGACCUUGGUCAUAUGAAAAAAUUUAAGAAGGCUUGUGGAAACUAUCGAAUUCCCUGUGAGCUUCGAGUGACCUCUGCCCAUAAAGCAGAUGAAACGCUAAAGAUUAAAGCAGAGUAUGAAGGAGAUGGUGUUCCUACUGUAUUUGUGGCAGUGGCAGGCCAGAAGCAAUGGCUGGGACCAGUAAUGUCUGGUAACACUGCAUACUCCAGUAGUCAACUGUCCUCCCUUACACCUGACUGGGGAGCUCAGGAUGUAUGGUCCUCACUUCGAAUGCCUAGUGGUCUUGGCUGUUCAACUAUACUUUCACCUGAGGGAGCAGGCCUCAAUUUGCGGCCCCAGAUAUUUGGAUUAAAUAACCAUUUGGUAUGGGCAUCUAAACUACGAGGAAGCAUGUUAAACACAUGGGUUUCCUUGAAGCAGGCGGAUAAAAAAAUCAGAGAAUGCAAUUUGUAAGAAGAAUGCAGUCCAAUUUUCAAAGUAGUUAACAAAAAGAUUCUAAUUUAGCUUCUAAAAUCAUUAGAGAUCAGGCGAGAGAAAAGAUGAUUCUAAACUAAUCUUAGAGAAGUACUAAUAAAAUUUCUUAUUUUGUUUUUUGUUCAUGGUCUGGUAGAGUGUGUGUUUAUCGUUAGUAUUUAUAUUCCUUUAUAAGUAGAGAAAUAUUGUAAUACAGUCUGGAAAAUAUUUUUAUGAUCUGUUUUUCAAUGUCUAGUAAUAGCCAUGUUGUCAGAGACAUGUCAUUCAUAUCCUGAGAUAGGAGGUAAAAUGUUGUUAUCACAGCUAGCUCUCAAAUUACUACCAGACUUUUAAAAUACCCUAAAUUUAUAAGGUUAAAGCAAAAAUAUGUUAGAAAUGAUAAAAGCUAUGGCUUCAUCUCCUGUUUUAGUUAUAGUCCGUUAAAAUCUCUUAUGUCUAUAAUUCCCAGUGUUUUCCAGGUUACUUAAAGUGGGUGUCAAGUUAAUUCCCACUGAGUUUUCCCCUACUGACCCAAAUAAGAGAAUUGAAGAGAAGUGCAAUUGUGUGACUUGCUAUUUUCUUUCUUUUUUUAAUGUAAUAAACAUUUUUAUUUAUA